AUGUGCGUCUUCCUAUCUUCCAGUCUGACCAACAGUGUUGCGAAGGGCGCCACGCUUUCCUUUCACUUUCUCAAGGUAAUCAGACCAAAACACUCGAAAGUGUUUAGUCUUACCUCGGGAAAUAUUUUUCUUUGCACAUCUGAUCGUAAUAUCUGUGAUGUCGUUGCAAAGUUUGCCAGGAUGUUGGUUGAAGCUGAGGAGACUUGUGUGAAGUUCAUUCUCAAAGAGGAUUGUGAAUCUAGAUCAGUCAGCUUUCUUGAAGUUCCCUGGUGGCUUACUUGGCACUUCCGUUGGCAUGCGAAUUAA